AUGACCGGAAACAUGAAUGUUCCUGGCACUGGAAGCACUCCUUCCUUCAUACUUCCACUUCAAUGCUUAAUUCAUCAAAAAGAGCCAGUAGCUGGUGACAGUCUGACUGUACGCUAUUUACAACUUCGUCGGGAAGAAUCCCUACGGCGGUUAUCAAAUUCUAUGGCGGCAGAAGCUUCUACUUCAAAUGAGAGUAACUUCUCCGGCUUUUCCACAGCUUCAGAUAAACCUAUUUAUGUCGAUCCAGAAGUGUUGAAGAAGGCAAAAGAGAAAUAUUGUUUCGAUGAUGGAGAUGUAGAUUUCGAAAACUUUUCACAAAAGCCUGCUUCCGUUUCUCCUGUAAAAUCCUUUACUCAAUCCUUUGCUAGUCCUUUGAUGAAGUUGAGCACCACAAAUACACCUGAAACUUUUUCAACUCAGAGUCCAGUUUUGAACCCCGCCCAACAAGCUCUUAUGAAAGGUUCUAAGAAGGGAUUCGUUUCCCCUCUGCACAAAAGCUCUCAAAACGGUUUCUCUUCUCCAAUUUUGGCGAAAAAUUCACCAUUAUCUACUGAUGUUAAUCCAAAUCCAGCCAAAAGGAGGUUCUCUGCUCCCUUCCGAGCUCCUAUGUUGGCUCCUGAAGGAAGUGGAACAUCUCCCCGAAUAGCAGAUGUAAAACGAGAAGCAAGAUCUCUUACCCCUAGGACCACUUCAGUUAACGCCACUGAUCUUCCUACUCCAAAUGCCAAAGUGAAAACGGAGGAAAUCCCAACAACUUCCUCUGCAGACCGGGCGUUAGUCAUAGAGUUGUGCGAUAUUGCUCAGUAUGCCCACAAAAAAAUCGAUAUGCAGGGAAGGAUAGUGUGUAUGCGAGCGAGAACUAAACACUCACAGUUGUCCUUUGCAUUAGAAGAUGAUUGGGAGAACGGUGUUGAAUGCUGUGUCUUCACCAAGAAUGAGGAUGAGAUCAUCGCAAAACUCAGAUUGGGCAAAACGGUGACGAUCAGAGGAGUUUUUGUGAAAUGUGUUCAAGAGAAGAUCUCAUUGGUUGUCAAUGAUAAUUCAACCUUCAGCUAUGAGUAA